AUUGACAGGCUGCAGGCUGACAACAGGUGAACGAGAGUUCAGCGUCAGAAACACGGCACAGCACGUCACGGCGGACGGCAACAGAAAGUUCUACAGUGAUAAGGAAGCCAAGCAUGCCACGACGUUUCCUUCUCCUCCCGCUGGUUUUGGUGUCCUGAGUGGAACUGCACUGAGAGAGGAAACCUAACGCCCACAGAAAAUCCACACAAUCUCUUUUCAAUUGGAAGAGGAUGGGCCGUCCCGCAGUGCUUUUGUUUCCUGUGAGAGGAAAACUUCAAUCACUUCAGCGCUCAGUUCUCAUUGGUCCGUCCAGUUUUUCCUGAAACCUCUCCAGGUGUCGUCUCAUUGGGUCUUCAUUCCACUGUGAAGACCUGCCAGCCAAUCAGCAUCUGCCUGGCAGCAGCGUCUCUGCAGCAGAUUUCUGCUUCACUUGGGACAGAGCACAACAAGAGAGAGAGAGAGAGAGGGGAGAUCGAGGUUCACUGCUGCUGAAUCAGGGGUUCUGCAAAAGUAAUCUUCAACAUGGAGGUUCCCAGGAGGCCCCAGCCCUCCUCCUUCACACUGCCUCUCCCUAAACCGGCCUCAUCGGCUUUAUCUCCCCUCGGAGCUGUGGAGAAGGUCACCAAGAAACAUCCAAUGAAAGAGGAGCUACAAGAGAAGAAGGAUGGGACGGCAGACGAAGAUCAGUUUGGAGAGGAUUUGUUCAGUACCGAGGAGGAGGAGUCGGCUGUGUCUGUGUUUGUGGAGGCACCAACCGACACCUCAGGACUCGAAGAUACAAAUACUUCCAUUGUGGAAAGACAUUUCAAACUUUCCUUACAGGAUAGUUUCUCAGAGGAUAGCUCAAUGUCAGAGGAGAGGUUGGCAGAGGAGGCAAAAGAGGCCAAAAAGAAGUCUGAAGAGGAGGAAGCAGCAGCCAAAGAGAGGGCAGCCCAGAGGCAGCUGCUGGCCAUAGAGGAGCUGGUCCAGUCUGAGAGAAACUACCUCCGACUGCUGCAAGUCAGCACUGUGACCAUCAGGAGCAACCUACAGAAACUACAGCCGCCUCCAGCCAACCUGGACAGCAUGUUUCUCUACACAGAGGACGUGAUUGACGUCUCAAGUCGACUUCUCAGCCUGCUGGACCAGAAACAGAUUCAGCCUGGAGACCCGCUCUACUUGGAGACUCUGUGUGAUUCAUUCCUCAGCCUGUCUUCAGACAUUGAGGCAGCCUAUAACGAAUAUUUGGCCAACUACAACAAUGUGACAGAGGUGGAGAACAGCUACAAACAGAAGGACGCGCUCUGGAAUGACAUCGUCAAAGUCAUCAAGACCUCAGCGCCUGAAGUAAACGCCACCUCUCUGAGUUUCUUCUUGGUGAUGCCCGUUCAGCGGAUCGCCCGCUACCCCCUCCUCCUGCAGACCAUCCAGAAACACACAGACAGCGCUCACCCAGCGUAUGCACUUCUGGAGCAGACCGCUCACACCUCCAUCGCCUUGAACUGUCGCAUCAAUGAGUACAAACGCUUCAGAGAAGUCGCUGACAAAUACAAGAAGACAGAGACCCUGACCAUAAAGGACAAGAUCAACCGCCUCAACACCCACAGCAUCGCAAAGAAGACAGCAAGGCUCAGCCAGCACAUCAAACAUGAGACUGGAUUAACACCGAAGCUGGUGGAUGAGGAGUUUGACGCCCUCGAAGGCUUCUUCUAUGUUUUGGAGCAUGGGAUCCUGGAGCUCCUUGAGAACGUGGAGACGUACCUGCAUCACCUACAGGGGUUCCUGGCCUGCAAAACAGAGGAGUUUGACUUGGAUAUGGAUGGAGAGAAGGCACCUAUCUGCUAUAAGGAGAUCACUACCGCUCUAAGACAGUGGAUUCUUCCCACAUUUGAAAAGAGGAUGAGGACGUUAAUCCACAAGCCGCUGUGUGCGCUCCGUGACCUCCUGGUGGGCCCAAGGAACCUGAUCAGGAAAAGACUAGACAAGCUGCUCGACUAUGAAGUGAUUUGUGACAAAUCCAGUCAGACCUAUGAGGAACAGGCUGUGGCCAACACGUACAGGACAAUGAACACGUUGCUCCUCAACGAGCUUCCUCAGUUUAAUGGUUUGGCUCUGCAGAUGAUCUGGAGCAUGUUGGGGACGUUCAGCUGUCUGCAUAAAGACCUCGCCUCAGACAUGGAGCAACUGUUCCAGAGCUUUGCACAACAGCUCCCUCACAGCUCUCUUGACCCCAGUGCAUUCUGGAGGUGGGCGGAGUCUGCUGUGCUGGAAGGUGCAAAGAAGCUGGAGACACUGUGUCGAAGUGUAGAGGACACGCUCAAUGCGCCCGUCGUCCAGCCUCUGAGUCCAUCUUCUCAGCACCGUCUGAAGCAGCUAACAGGUAAACACGGUUCUGGAAAGAUCUACCAGGUGAUUGGGGCGGUGGUAGGCAGCCGAGACCUGGACCUGAACCUGGCCAAAGGGGAGCUGGUGGCCGUUAUCAGUGAGGCAGACACCCGCGGAGACAAACGAAGGUGGCUGGUUGACGCAGGAGGCAGGAGAGGGUACGCUCCCUCCUCAAAGCUGCUUCGCUAUCACCAGCCAGCAGAGGACCCGCCCCCUUCGCCACACUUGACCCUGCCUGAGGGCGUGACAGGAAUCAGAAGACACUCUUACACCCCAGAGGGCCGGCCACUGAGUGUCAUGAGCCAGCCGUGCUUCCAGGUGUUUGCAGCCUACGACUUCAAAGCGAGAGGAAACCAUGAAGUUUCUAUUCGGGCCGGUGAACCAGUCCGUGUCCUGGAGCGCCAUGACAAACGAGGGAACCCAGAGUGGAGUCUAGUGGAGGCGACAGGAGGGCACAGAGGCUACGUGCCCUCCAACUACCUCACAAUCAUGCCUUUGGGGACUGGGCCACCUGGCACUUUCCAGCCCUACUGCUAAGACGGAAGGAAGGAGAGGAAAAACAGCAGCUUGUACCGUAUGACAAAGGUUUCACCAGUACUGUAUUUAGUACAGUCUUUUUUUGUUCAGUUUUUUUUUGUUUUUGUUUUUUUUUUCGAUGUUAAAAUCAGUCUUUUAAAAGACAUUAGAGCCAUCUAAUACAAAAGCAUUAUGGCCACAGUGUUAGCUAAAUUCUGUUUUUUUUUUUUUCAGUUUUAUAGCUAUAUUACUACACCCACUUCCUGUGCAAACCAGUGAUUUUUAAAAUUGCAAGGAAAGGAAAGUAAAAGUGAAGUCACAUCAGUUUUAUUUAUAUAACCCAAAAUCACAUCUCUGCCUCAAAGAACUGUACAGUCUUUGCAGCCUCUCUCCUUAGACCCUGACUGGAUAAGGACGGAAAGAAAGAAAAGAAAGUCUUCCCAUCAUAACCUUUUACAAGUAAGGACCUAUUGAUACAUUUGGAAUUUUUUUUUUCCAUCCACACAAAAACUGUAUCUUUUAAAGUGCUCUCCAAAGUGGAGAGUGAGCAAAUACAAACGCUGGCAUCUGACUCUAGUGUCAUCCAAACUCUAGCUAUCGAUAUUACUGGCGGUGCCGGAACAGUGUGUAAACGUCAGUUAUACCUACAGUGUUUUAAGUUUUUCUGGCUUUAUGGACUUGGCCUUACUAGUGUUAAUAUAUGUGACACACUGGAAACAUGAAGGAAGCUGCAGCCGUGGUGCUGGUAGUUAACACGCUGUCCUGCUCGUGAGCACUGAGGCAGGACAGAUGCUUGCUGAGAUGGAAUUUAACAUCUCGAGGCGAAAGGACGAUCUUCAAGUUGCACUGCAGAUUUUCUGUGGCCAUUGUUGAAAAGCACCAUGGAAGAUGGGAGGCGAAUGGGGGUCGUCGGAGCUGCAUGAGAAGAGCGACUUAUAUCCCAUGAUCCUCUGUGGGAAAAGAAAAAAAGAACACUUGAAUUGAAAAUGAUUGACUGCAUGUUCUCGUUAAAGUGUCCGCGUGUUAGCGAGCUAACCGCAACACUUAGACACACGGAGAGCAAAACGUGUUUGUGCGCAUCUGUUUGAUAUGAAAUUGAGCUGACAGAUUAGUGUGUGUGUG